AUGAUGUCGAACCUUCCCGCUGAGCCCGAGUUCGAGCAGGCCUACAAGGAGCUUGCCUCCACUCUUGAGAACUCCACUCUCUUCCAGAAGAAGCCCGAGUACCGCAAGGCCCUCCAGGUUGUCUCUGUUCCCGAGCGUAUCGUCCAGUUCCGUGUUGUCUGGGAGGAUGACAAGGGUCAGGUCCAAAUCAACCGCGGUUUCCGUGUCCAGUUCAACUCCGCCCUUGGUCCCUACAAGGGUGGCCUCCGGUUCCACCCUUCGGUGAACCUGUCCAUCCUGAAGUUCCUCGGCUUCGAGCAGAUCUUCAAGAAUGCCCUGACCGGCCUGAACAUGGGUGGUGGUAAGGGUGGUUCCGACUUCGACCCCAAGGGCAAGUCCGACAACGAGAUCCGCCGCUUCUGUGUCUCCUUCAUGACCGAGCUCUGCAAGCACAUCGGUGCCGACACUGACGUUCCCGCCGGUGACAUCGGUGUCACUGGUCGUGAGGUCGGCUUCAUGUUCGGCCAGUACAAGAAGAUCCGCAACCAGUGGGAGGGUGUCCUCACCGGUAAGGGUGGCAGCUGGGGUGGUUCUCUCAUCCGCCCCGAGGCCACUGGCUACGGUGUCGUUUACUACACCGAGCACAUGAUCAAGCACGCCACUGGCGGCAAGGAGUCCUUCGCCGGCAAGCGCGUCGCCAUCUCUGGAUCCGGCAACGUCGCCCAGUACGCCGCCCUGAAGGUCAUUGAGCUCGGCGGUUCCGUCGUCUCCCUCUCCGACUCCCAGGGUGCCCUUGUCCUCAUCGGCGAGGAGGGCUCCUUCACCGCCGAGGAGAUCAACACCAUCGCCGCCAUCAAGGUCGAGCGCAAGCAGAUCUCCGAGCUCGCCUCCACCUCCGCCUUCUCCUCCAAGUUCAAGUACAUCCCCGGUGCCCGUCCCUGGACCAACAUCGCCGGCCGUAUCGACGUUGCCCUCCCCUCCGCCACCCAGAACGAGGUCUCCGGCGACGAGGCCAAGGCUCUGAUCGCCGCCGGCUGCAAGUUCAUCGCCGAGGGCUCCAACAUGGGUUCCACCCAGGAGGCCAUCGAUGUCUUCGAGGCUCACCGUGACGCCAACCCCGGCGCCGCUGCCAUCUGGUACGCCCCCGGUAAGGCCGCCAACGCCGGUGGUGUCGCCGUCUCCGGUCUCGAGAUGGCCCAGAACUCCGCCCGUGUCAACUGGACCCGCGAGGAGGUCGACUCCCGUCUCAAGAACAUCAUGGAGGACUGCUUCAACAACGGUCUCGCUACCGCCAAGGAGUACGUCACCCCCGCCGAGGGUGUCCUUCCUUCCCUGGUUGCUGGUUCCAACAUUGCUGGCUUCACCAAGGUCGCUGAGGCCAUGAAGGACCACGGUGACUGGUGGUAA